GAAGACAGUACAAGAGCGAAGACUAAAUACUGAAAUUAUCUCGGGAUCAGUCGACACUCGUCCGUGUUGCCGGUUGAACGCAUCUUCCAGCUAAUCGCACAUGAGAGAUCACGUGAAUGUUUUCCGAUUUUUAUUCUAAAAAAUCGACACUCAGUUGAAUUCCAAAAUGUGAUUUUUUGCCAGCUGCGAAGAAAAUUCAAAACUUGUGAAAAAAAAAUUUUUAGCGAUUUUUCCAAUGAUUAUUAAGAAACAGUUCAGGUGAUUGAUCGAUCGAAGUGUGCGAAAAUUUUUAAUCCCUGGAUGAUGGAGAAAAUUAGUUCCGUUAUUCCCGUUGACCGUAAGGCGCGGGUCAAGGGUCAGAGAAAUGAAAAAAUAUCGGCGAGUGACGAUUCGACUCGCGCAUUUUUAAAUUUUUCGCGUGAAAAUUUGAGCGUAUUACAAUCGGACAUUGAACGGGGUUUCCCGAGGAAGACACCGGGAUGUUUAAAAAUAAAUCGGCAGACGAUGCUGAGUUUGUUGGCAAUUUGUCUCGCAAUUGUGUGUCUAACUGUUGAGGCAGUUAAGAUUAAGAAGAUUGUGAAUAACACAAGGAAUAUUGACGGGAUUAAAGUGGAAUUGGAAACACUGAAAAAGAAGAUCCUGGAGCUUAAUCUCUUGGAGGAGUUCAAGGCCUUCGAACAACAGUUGUACGCCGACGAAGAUGAUUUCAACGACACUGAUAUCGACGAGUACGACUACAAUUAUGAUAAUAACUACGAUGCAAAUCAGAAUAAUUACCCCACCGAUGACGAAACACCGUCAUCAAUAAGAAGCGAUCAAACUACACUAACAUCACGAUCGCAACCAAUCGCGGAAAAAGAUGGGAAAAUUCCUCCGAGUCCCCACGAAAUCUACGAAACUGGAAACGAGAAUUCUGCGAACUCCAAGCACACCAAGACCAAACGAUUUAUCUCUAAAGAAUCACAGACACUGAAUAUCAAUGGAGAACAUCCAGGUGUUCAGUCAGAACUAUUACGAAGUCGUGAAAAUGAUACCAAUGGGAAUUUGAUGGGGUUGAAUUCUAGGGACACGAUUUUUUCGAAGAAAUAUUAUGGGAGCAGACGUCGUAGGCCGCAUCGAAAGGCGUCUGACAUGAAGAAGGCAAUGAAGAUUCGGGGGAUGUCCCGCAGGCACAUUCGCCCAUCUCGUCAGAUUUUCGCUGCCCAUUACGGUGCGGACAGCACAAUGUUCCACAGGGACGACGAGCACACCGGGAACGGCCGCGCCAGGCACAAUGAGGGAGUCUUCAAGGCUUGGCGGGGAAGCAACUGGAUGGACGAUCUCGGGAUGAAUCGAUAUUUCUCAUUAGCCAGAGACGGUAAAUUGACUGUUCACGAGGCUGGCCUCUAUCUCGUUUAUGCGCAGAUCCAUUAUCUCGAUGAGCAUGAUGAGAAUGGCUUCCAUUUGCUGGUUAAUGGACAACCGAUUCUGCAAUGCAUGGUAUACAGCCCCGGGAACGGCCACAAAAGCAGAUCUUGCUUCUCAGCUCAAGUGACGUAUCUGUUAUCGGGGGAUCGUGUCGUCUUGAAAGAAGUUGGUCCGGCGCGGUACACGUUGUUUCAGGCUGAUAAAAGUUUCUUCGGUCUCGCCAAACUCGGUGAUAAUAGACAAUCUCAACAGAACCAAAUGAGACAUAACAACUCGGCACAACUACAAACUACACCAUUUCAGUAGCUGUAUGACUAUUUAUACCUGUUUAUUUAUAAUGUUUAUAUCAAUUUUUAUAUAAAUACUGACUUCAGCUUGUGAGAAACUUUGUUGUAUUAUAUUGCACGUAAUUAUGUAAUUAUUCAGCGAAUAAAUCACUUUCUUUUCUACUUUGAAUGGAAGAGGUAAGUUUAUUGAGA